AUGCCUUGCAGCAGCUGUUACAAGCAAAAAUCUCCGCUCUUUGAACCGAAGAAUUCCAAUACUUACAAAGUGGUUUCUUGCCCCUCAAGUCAAUGUCAAUCUGUAAGUGGAACCUCUUGCUCAGAAGAUACCUGUCACUACAAAAGGUUCUAUAGGGAUAGAUCCUACAGCAAUGGAAUUGUAUCAACAGAGACGAUCACUUUCAACUCCACUAGCUUAGGUCAAACAGUUGCACUCCCACAGAUUAUAAUUGGUUGUGGGCACAAUAACAGUGGACUUUUUAAUGAAGAUGGAUCAGGCGUGAUUGGACUUGGACGUGGAUCAAUGUCCCUUAUCUCCCAAAUGGAUUCUUCAAUUGAUGGGAACUUAUCCUACUGCCUUGUUCCAGCUUUUUCACCACUCAACUCUUCAAGCAAAAUGAGCUUUGGUAAUAAUGCUGUGGUUUCUGGUGCCAUGGUGGUUUCUACCCCAUUACUUUCAGGAGACCUAAAAUCUUUCUAUUUCGUAAAGCUGGAAGCAAUGAGUGUGGGACGCAAGAAAUUGCAAUACAACAGUACACUGAUGCCAAUAGCUCCAGGAAGGGGAAAUAUCAUAGUUGAUUCUGGGACUACACUAACAAUGUUACCAAAGGACUUUUACAAUGAGUAA